UUGUACAGUAAGACAGCUUUGCUUUAUUUAUGCAUUUUAUUUUGGCUUCAAAACGACUACAGAAAGGAAACAAAUUAGAUAUUCGUGUGAUACAGGCAUCAUGUUAGGUGGAGACAGGAAACAGUAUAAUUAUGAAUGGAAUAAGGUUUUUUUGGGAGGGAUGGGGGGUUAUUACAAGUAUUUAACAGUGCCCUGGUGAAAGGAGAGUUAAAAUGGUUUUGGGGCAAAAAAGCUCACAAUAAAGAUUUCCGAUUGCAACAAGUGUUGUCUGUUAAUAUGCGGAUAUGUGCCACAUUUAUCCUCAGACAGAUUAGUAUCAUAAAUUAUGCAGUGUAGAAACAAAUUCACAAGUUAGGAAUUAUCAGUGCUAUGUGCAUGUUGACAACUUCUAUGUCUCUUGCAGUGCUCACUGUGGGUUUCCUGCCUGGACUAUCUGAAGACUCCAUCAAGGUCCAGCUCACACUGGAGCCCCCAGAUUCCAGAGUCUUUGCCGGGGAGCCUGUCUCCCUGAGGUGUGUGGUAGAUGGGGCCUCCUCACUGGGUUGGAUCUACAAUUGGUCCCAGCAAAUCAACCCUAGACACCAGACAGCAGGGGACCGGUACACCAUCACCACGAUGACAGCAGCUGACCAGGGGCCAUACUGGUGUACAGUGAGGAAGAAUGGGACGGAUGAAAACUUGUGGCACAGCAACACCAUCACUCUGAAUGUGUCAGGUAACUCAACCAGAGGGGUGAAUGCUGAGGAGAAAAAGCCGACCCUAGAGGAAAAUCCAACCAUGUUCAGUGAAGAUUCCUGGGUGUGGGUGGUGGUGCUCUGCUGCAUUGCCGGAUUGCUGCUACUUGUCCCAGCAUUGGGCAUCCUGGUCUAUCAGUGCUGGUCUCGAUCAGACACAUCGAAGCUCAGCUGCUUUCGAGAGGUCCAGCGUGGGCAGCAAACACCUCAAACGAAACCAGACACGACCGAGGUUCAGUGGGACAUGGCCUGGAUGGAGAUGACAAACCUGUUGGACAAACAAGAUCAAUCUGUGGCCGCUGAUGGUAUCUUAAGUUAAUCACAUAUAUCUACCUCCACAAGGAUUCAGAGAGAUGGAUCUUAUUUCAGUGAUAUACCACAAGAUUCUUUCCAAUACACCUUGGCUGAAAUUCAUACCGGUGUUACUAUUCCACCUUUUCCAAGAUUUAAAAGAUAUCAACUCAAUAUUCUUUGACAUUCAUACAGAUGUAAUUACUCAGGCUUCUUCGAGAUUCCUUCAGAAUCCAAAUGCUAAUAUAAUAUGUCUGCAUAUUGCCUGCAUAAACUGGCCAGCACAAAAGCAAGACGACCUAUACCCAUAUAACAGAAGCUUUUUAAUUUCAAGGAUACUAACAUGAAGAUAUCACAGAUUAGCUGGGAAUACAGUGAAAUUAAAACCAAAAUUAAUAUAAUGAAAUGUAACAUCAUAAAAUAUGAAAAAAUCUGAUAAUUCACAAAUGUACACGGCCAUGUAUCCCACAUUUCAUGUUUUCAGAAACUUUCUAUUAAAUUUAACCAUCGGAUUCUGCUUUACACAGUUUCUAAUUUUGUUACGGUCCAAAAAUGAAUAUUCAGGAGAGAAAUGUCAGACCUCCCCUACCUACCUGUCCAUCACAAAUACAGCAUGUCAGCUUCCACAAAUCUCUGCAGUCUCGACUGAACACCUCAUAUUCACCUUUCUUUAGUUUCAGCGGGGUCCUAGUAGGGUCUCAAGAACCUCUGAGCCCUCAGCUGGACUCACAGACACAAUGGAAAGGCUUCAGACACUUCCAACACUUCCCCAAAACAACAAUCACAUCUAAAUACUUCUUAUCACUUAAAAAGUAAUUGUUGCGUUGAAGACUUUUUGCAAAAUCUCAAUCCUAGAGGCACAAAACACUAAAAAUGUAUUAAUCUGCUGCAUUUAGAUUUCCUGCAGAGGUAUACAGGUUCAUUCAUUCAUUCAUUUUAAUUUAAUAUAAAAUUAACAACAUAAUAUUGCUGCUUUUUAGAAUCUUAAUGACAGGGUCUGUGUGUCAAGACUGGAACUGAAUUUUAAACAUAUUUUAAACAUAUUUCAUGGUAACAAUCACUGUGCCACACACAACUCUUUAGUAGAAAACCUUUCCCAUAGAGGAAUUGUGAUGAAUUUGUGUUUUCUGUCUGUCUGUAUCUCUGUUUAUUGUUCAUUAUCAGCCAGACUAAUGUUUCUGUUAUUUACUGUUUGCAUGUUAUGCCCCUUUUGCAAUGUGAAAACUGGAAAUCUUUUUUAUUACCCCACCAUAGACCGAUGUGCAUGUGAUUUAAAUGUGACAUGGUCAGAAAUUGUUUGUGUAAUACCACAAGAUCAGGAAGUGCACUGCAGUCACAUGACAUGAACGCCUUUCCGCACGUUUAAAUUGUGAGGGAGUGAAACCACAUUGCAAACUAGGUUUUUUAUUAAGCAAACAUUGAAAAGGAACAUCCGCUUGAGGUUUGAGAUAGCCAGACUAUGUGUGAUCAUCACUACAGGCAAGCUCCUUCUUAUGUAAAUUUGAUUUACCUAAAUUUGGAUUAACGUUAAAAAAAAAAAAU